AUAAAUGAUAAGUGCAAUUACAUGUAAUUACUAUCAUAUUUUCGACUUCAGAAAAUAAAUAUUCUAGACACGCGUAUUUAUAUCGAAAAUUUAUGACGAGAACGACGGAUGUUUUCGGAUAUGCGCGCCUAAAUUGGCCUAGCGUACUUGAAAAAUUUAUAAUUGUUGUAUUUUUAAUAUUCUAACAAUCAUUCCUAAAGAAAACAAAGUAAAUUUACUCAUUAUUUUAUUAGAAUAAAUUUUAAAAAAUUGAUUUUAAAAAAUGAUGAUAAACUAACGUCGGUUCCGAUGGUGUCUGCUAUUCGGAGGUUAUACUGUGUUUUGCAUUGAAGAAGUACAGAUUCUCUAAAUGUUUUCAACAAUGACAUUAAAUCAGGUGUUGAAUAUCACCAAUUCUUCGCCGGUGGAUAUCUUCAAUUUCAGCAUUGAUCAAGCCAUUGGCAUCUUAGAAGAGUAUCUUCUGCGAGAUCAUAAUUUCGACGGAGUAACCGAAAUUAUUGUUGUCAUUUCUUAUGUAUUUUUAAUGGCAGUGGGGAUUUUAAGCAACAUUUUAAUAUCAUACGUUAUUUUAGCUAACAGACGAGAUAGAUCGUAUCGAAAUCUCUUUAUCCUUAAUUUGAAUAUAUCUGAUAUUGCUCUUUGUGCUUUCUGUAUGCCCUUCACUCUUUUCGAACUCUUAAGACGUAGUUGGCCUCUUGGUAUCCUUAUGUGCAAGCUUGUGCCUUUUGUUCAAGGAUCGACCGUUUUUGUUUCUGCUGCUACAGUUACAGCUAUAGCGUUAGAUCGCCAUCACGUUAUAGUUAAUCAGAAUCCAAACAGAUGUAAGGAGAACAGAAAGUAUAUUAGCCUGUACACGGGAGCAAUGUGGAUUAUCUCGCUUAUUUUAUCUCUACCGAUAUGUCUAUCGCAAACUAUAAAGUCGGUAGGUCUGCCAGGAAUUUUAGUUUAUGAAAAAUGUAUAGAACAGUGGGCAUGGCCUCACAGUAAAGGUUUGUACACUUUAAUGAUUAUGACCGUCCAACUUGUAAUUCCAGCAACAGUAUUAGCAGUAAUGCAUUUUCGUAUCAAAGCCCAUCUUAACAUGAGUAUUGCUCAGCAUGAUUCUUCAUGUUCUGAACGACUUAAUAAAGAACUAUCGAGAAACAGAAGAGCCACUAUGAUCCUUUCGACUAUAGCUAUUGUCUUUACAAUUAGUUGGCUGCCGUGGAACGUUUUAAAUUUGGUAGCUGACUUUCAUCCCUCCUCUAUGUCACCGAGAAAUUUGUAUGUUGCAUUUGCAGCUUGCCACCUAAUAGCUAUGACUUCUGCUGUGACUAAUCCUAUUCUAUACGGUUGGCUUAAUACAAAUAUCAGACAAGAAUUAAUUCGGAUGGUAACUGCUUUUUUAUCAAUGAAAGGAAAUAGUAAUAUUCGAAUGGAAUUUGACGAUUCCAACGUCAGAACUGCACUAGCAGAAAUGACUAACGUAGAAAUUCGUAAAAGUCCAAAUUUAGAAUUCAAUGUAUAA